AUUACCUGGCUGAAUCAUACCUUACUCCUUCCCUCCUUCAGCACUAACAUAACCUCAAUUUUCUGAACAAUCGUUUGAUCUUCAGCGUCUGCUUCAUUAUUUUCCCGAAAUAAUUUAGACCGUUGUCUCCCCAUAUUUUUUUCUGGUCAAUACAGAUAAGAGUGACAUUAAGGAAUGAUCACAGGCUACGGAUCAUCAGAGAAAUUAAGAGUUGUGGAGAAGUAUAAUUGGUUGGGCCAUCACAUUCAGAAGUUGACUUAUUGUGAUUAUCAUAUAUAUUCUUGGAUAAAAACAAAUAUUGUCAGAAUAACUGAAAAAUGGAGAGCUGAAUGUGUGUAACGAGUGACAACUGAAAAAGACACUGAGUUUUUUUUACAACAGAAGACCUCGAGUUCUGAAAAUGACACGAAAGUGUGUGCUGUGUAAGGAAACAAACUACAAAAAUUCAUACAGCUUUUUCUCAGCCCCAAAGGAUAUAGAGACCAGGAAAAAAUGGCAAGAGGCCAUUGCCAUCGAGAAUUACACUGUCAAUGAUGAUACUUAUGUAUGCAGCAGACAUUUUUUACCGAGUGAUAUCGUAACACACUGGGUCAGCGGUGUACCACCUCAUGUUGUUACAAUAAAAUACAAAAAAUGUCGUUUAAGACCCGGUGCAAUACCCACCACCAGCUGCGAAGCAAUGAACAACAUGCAGACCAAUCAGGAAGACGAUAUGGAGGACUUCGAGGUGAACAAAACAGGGGUGACUUCAGACAAACGUCCAGCGACGUUUGCUGACGAGAAGGAAGAAUUUUUUCUCAUUCCACGUGACGACAACAUCAUCACUUACACUUGCGACGACAAUCAGGGGUUUCUGAAGAGCAACAUUCGAGAGGAACAUCAAGAGAUUGAAGAUUAUUCGAGUACAGAUGUUGGUGAGAGCCUUCAGGAUGAGGUUGUUGACAUGAUGAUGGACAGUGGACAGCAGAAUCAGGUUUUGGAAAUUAUUCACGAAGAUCUUGCAGAGAACACAAACACAAUAUACCUUAAAGCUAGUGACGAUUCACAAAUUAUUUAUAUUGAAGAUCUAAACUGCAGGACAGAUUGUAUUGAAGAAGAAAUUGAGGAGACAACUGCCAAAGAAAGAAUGGAAGAAUUUUCCCUGGCAAAACUCGAUGGCUCUGGAGAUGAGGGCGAGGGCUCUGUGGAUAUCUGGGAAUGCGUUGACGGUGACAAGGAGUUGUCUCAGGAAGUUGACGAGAACAAUCUGGGAGACGUCGAUGAUGUUCCCAUGGAGAUGGACGAUCCUCUUGACACGAGUCAGAGGACUGAAGAACUAGAGGAUGGUAUGCUAUUUGAGGAUUUACUCGACGUGUACACCGAAGUGCCUCUUCCUAGGGGUUGGUCCUCGGUGGUUAUUUCAAAAGGUCGUGGGACAACGGUCAUUUAUGCUUUCACGACAAUGAUGAAGAGUGGAUUACCCUACACUGAGAAACAAAUAUUUUUGAUGAGUGAUAUGAUCGUCAGGUGCUCAGCUGCGGGGAGGGAAAUUAAUCCCAGAUUGCAUAAUUUACUGAGAGAGGGAAAACAGGUGAAGAUACAGUCGCUCAUGGAUGUGGAGGAUAUUAUCGAUGAGUUUCAUCAGAGAACUGUUUGUGAAGGAUCAUCCGAAAAAAUCAACGCCGAAGAUAUUGAUAGCACACUUGCCUUCCGGGACGGCUUCAAAUGGCGUCACAUAAGCUGUCCAAUACUAAUAAAUAAUGGAACGUCUCGUUGCUCCAAGUGCAGUACAUUAACUGGCUCACCGAGAGGACGAAAACUGAAGAAGCCCUCGCAAACAUCGGAAUCAGUAGAAUCAUUAAAAAAAGAUAGAACGAUAUUCGUACUGCACAAAUUAUUAGCCAAAAUGUCUAGGAAAAAUCAACGAAUUGCGGCUGUGAAGGUCAAUCUUGAGGGCCAAUUAUUGGAGAGACGCGAAGACGAACAAAAAACACUGAUAAGUCUUUUGGAAACAUUGAAAAUUCCCAAGAUUCAGAAGAUAAUGAUGACCGAGUGUCUGAAGGCAUCGUCACAACAGACAAGUAAUUUUUCAGAGACGUGGACAUUCUUGUCGCUGUUACUCUACAUUCAGUCACCAAGAACUUACAAAUAUCUCCUCAUCAAUAAAUUCAUGAAUUUACCAACUAUUAAAAUGAUGAGACGCUAUCUCCAUCAGAUCAAGACAGACACGCAGUUUUACAAAUUAUUUCAACGCUCAGUCGAGCCCUUCAAUGUUAGUGAGAUGACUGAUGAGACUGAGUCAACGUGAAAUCGACCACAACGCAAUAAUGAAGUUGAAUUAAUGAAAAUAAAUUUAACACGAUUGGUGUAGCGCAGAGGUAAAAGUCUUAUUUAUAAAUUCUUUUUAUAUCUGUAAGUUGAUAAAGAUAUUUGAGAUAGGGAAAAAAAAUGUUUAGUUUCAAUAUUUCAUGAAAAUUUAUUCCCUCUUGUUUGUUUUGUCGCAAAUGAAUUGGUUAAAAUGUUGCGAAAUUUGUUUCUCAGUAAUUCGGUGGCGAAGGGGUAAGACGGUUCAAAUGGGAGGGGGCAAUUUUUAGAGGAGAGCCAAAAGAAAGUUGGUGUUGUUGAUUUUAUUUAUUUAAAAAAAUAAUUAGCAAACUUCUUCCAAGACUGAAAUCGUUUUUGCAACGGAUCCAUAAAGUGUUCAGGAGUUUAUUGUUAUGAGAAAACCUAGUCGAACCAUUUUACCCCCUUACUACUGGGUUUGUCACUGGUUUCUCAGCAGCGAUAGAAAAAAAAUCCACCUAACAUAAAUUAUAAAUUCAUUUAAUCCUAAAGUAUGUACAUCUUCCUUACGUUUAAAAAAUAAGUUUGAAAUUUAA